UAAUCUCGCGAGACCUGUAUAUCACUCAGAUGAGAAUAUUUCAAUUUGAAAAUGAAAUUAUGGGUGUUUAAUGACCCCUUUUAAAUGUUCAACAGGUUUAUAAGCCUUAUGAACAAAAUUUUGGUAAUUAUAAAAUGGAGUUUGUUUGUUUAGCAGCUAAAUUCUUACCAGAUGCUCACCAAGAUGCAAAUUUCUGAAGCAAAAGAAGUAAAAAUGACCUAGGGUAGCAUUAGUCCUAAUACAUCACCCUUUUCUGCUCAUGAUGUAUAUGUUUGUAUGUGUGUACAUGUGCAUGUAUGUGUAUAUUCUGUCAUCAGCUGUGAGCUGCUGCAUGCUACAUUCAUAGGGGCAUAGUGCCACAAAUAUGAGAUAAGUGACUUCAUAAAUCAUAAUGACUCAAUGCUUAACAAUUCGGAAGUGGCAUGUAUAAUUCCCAUUCCAAUGCUAACCAAUGUACUUUUUAAUGCAUCUGACGCUGAAUUGAGAGUCAUAUGCUGUGCUGCUUGUCAAUGACAUGCAGUUAGUGGCCAACAGGUGACAGCAUUGAGCUCCCACACAAUCUGAUGUCAAUAAAUGACAUUGGAUGAUAUCAAAUGACUCACUAUAAAUGAGCGACCCACAUCCAGAACGUUAUCUGUACCUUCGUGACCUGCUUGAAGAGCUGCAGGAAUCGCAGCAGCCUGCGGCGCGACAACAGGUGCUGGCCAACAUCGCCAACUUUGCUUACGACCCUCGGAACGCCGAGCACCUGCUGCGGCUGGGCGCUCCGCGGCUGCUGCUGGCGCGUCUGUCCGAUCCGGACGCCGCCCUGCGCCGGUUCGCCGCCGCCGCCGUCAGCAACCUGUGUCUGGAGCCGCGGUGUCGGCGCGCGCUGCUGGCCGGAGGUGUGCUGCCGGCGCUGCUGCUCGGGCUGGAGGAGUCCUGUGCGCAGACGGUGGCCGCCUGCCUGACGACGCUGCUGCUGCUGCCCGUCACGGACCGCUCCGUCUGGGAGCAGGUGGACGCCGAGCGGCUGACGCGGCUGACGGUUCAGCUCAGUGGCUCCGAGGACCGUCGGCUGGCGAACCUGGCCGCCCUGCUGCGACGCCAGCUGCCGGAACCGGCCGGCACAGCGCCAGAACAAAACUCCGUGUGACUGUGUGCAUCUGAUCAGGCACAAAGUGUGCGCCUGAAUCGUGGGAAGGUGGUCUAGCAAGUCAUUGGGUAUUUGAGAGAGACGCCGCAUAUACUCGUUGCUAGUGUUUGCUCGUGUUGAGAACUUCAAUUCACAAAGUGUGCCGGUCGAAAGCCGCAAAAUGCUAGCUGCCUGUGUUGUGUCACCCUCUGCAGCUGGCUUCAGACACUCGGGUGUCGGACGGCUCCUGGUGAUGUCUCCUCCCAAACGCUUGCUAAGCGUCGGCGACCGGGCGGUACGGCGGGUGCAGCUCUCGCGAGCGACAGUGGAGCGGUUCGCUGAACUCAGUGGCGACACGAAUCCCGUCCACAUGGAGCCCGCCGGCGGAGAGGUUGAAACGGUGGUGCACGGCGCUCUUCUGAACAGUCUGGUGUCGGCUGUAAUGGGUACCGAGCUACCAGGGCCGGGCUGCCUGGUGGUGCGCCAGACGUUAGAGUUCCCGGCCGUCUGCCGGAGUGGCGACUUGGUGGAGGUGUCCGUCUGGCUGACGGCGGUGCGGAAACUCAUAUCGGCCGAGUUUUCUGUGACAUCAGUUAGGACAGACGUGACUGUGAUGCGCGGAACCGCUCAGCUCAUCAGCAAGAGACCAUCCGUCACUUAGAGGCGAGGUGUUUUAUUUUCACUAGAGGCUUACAGUGGCUUAUACGCGUACGAAACAUUAGGUUAGUGUGAUCUGAUGCGUAAUGUCAUGCGAUGGUACGUGCGGAUAGUUUUUGCCAUUGUUCUGUCCUGAUGACUAAGCAUUGUUAUCCCUGCCUUACAGCCGCUGAUGUUGCAGGACUACGUGGCAUGUGUGAAUUGUGCACUUAUCGUCGUUUUUUUGCCAGAUUCAUGCCACCCAUGGUGGGACAUCCGCCGUUGCUUGAUGAUGUAUGCAGUGUAAAUGUGCAGUGAAUCGAAUGGUUAACUUUUCCAAUACCCUGAAUUGAUGCCUGCUCUCAAUAAAUAGCAAUGAAAUCUG